AUGGCGCCGAAAGCUGGCGUGAAAGGUAACGAGUGUCUACCUCAAGCGUAUUCUAACGUGCUCGCAGGGACAGCUAAGAAGGCGGUGAACAAUGUGCCGCUUAGGGAGCGGCUUAUGGCCCAGGGUGUAUACACAGCCUCAACCAGCACUGAAGCACGAUCGGCCGCGGCACCGCUCUUCUCGCCACAGAAGCCGGCACGCAGGUCCGUGAAAGGGAAGGGCACUUCAACUAGCCUGCCGAAGGUCGGCAUGUCGAGGUAUUUCCAGCGCAAAGCAGACGUCAACGGCCGUACCUCGCUGUCUAACUCGAUAUCGCAUGAUACAGGUGCGUUGCAUACGGGUGAAUUGCGGCAUUUCGCGUCAGUCGCUGACAAUGAAGGGAGCUUCGCAUUCAUGUUGGACCCCGUGGAGGUCGCCCGAGUAAAGGAGCAUUCGGAGGCGCUGCUCGCCACCCUGACAUGCGAAGAAUCGGAUUGCGCCGACGUGCAAAUUGUCGAUACUUCGUCCCUAGACCAGCUUGCGGCGGAAAUGCCUGCUGCCGCGUUCGGGGGUUCGAGCUGCGUGCCGCUGCUGAAUAACCCGCGCGGAGCGUGCUACGCCAUGCUGCGCGUGCCGCCCACAUCGCAUUUUGGCCCAUUCAUCAACACCUCCGGGGUCAUGGUGUUGAUAUUUAUCGACCUUCCGCCGGGGAAACUCUUCUACGAGAGCCUGAACCUCACCGGCAAGCGCAAGGUGCCCUGCCCAAGACAGGCACACGUGCUAGUGCUGCCAGACGACGUCUUCAAGCUGCACAACGAAAGCAAAACCGGCGAAGCUUCGGUGCUCAUGCUGUCGUGCCGCAGGGACGGGAAGGAGUUCAACAUCGAGCAGCACGUGCAGGGCGCGUUCCUGACGCCGAUCCGUCAAUUACAGGAGGGGUGA